AUGGGCAAUUGUUCGUUCAAAGGAUUCGAUGCAUCUCUCUCCCCAAUCCGUGUCAUGACAAGCUCGGGUCAAGUAUUAGAGUUUUUCGGUCCAAAACUCGUCUCAGAAGUCGUUAAGGACUUUCCAAGACACGGGAUUUUCAGAAAAGGUCAUUUACUGUCACCAUUAGACCACUGCGAGCAACUCAUCGGUGGUCAGUUCUACUAUCUCUUUCCUCUGGCCCCAGAGGAAAGAACUCUGUCUCCAGAAGAAAGAGACAGAAGGAAUGAAGAAAAGGUGGCGAAUGAAUCGGAGCCGGUAAGAAUGUCGACGAGUGCGGUGGCGUUGCAACUUGUGACAAAGAAGCUGAGUGAUGGGUCGGGAUUUGAAGUGUUGCCUCCGCCUCGAAAGGGUGUAUGGAAGGUGAAAUUAGUGAUUAAUACGAAACAAUUGGAGGAGAUAUUGUCGGAAGAAGUGAACACUGAGGCGUUGAUUGAGCAAAUGCGGGCGGCAGUGGGAUCCACGAAGGUGGUGCCACGGUGGAGCAAGGGUUAUUGGGGUGUGAAAUUGAAGCCGAUUCUUUGCAAUGUAUUGAAUAAAACGGUGGUUGAUGAUGGUUUUUUAUCACCAAAGUCGGUCACUCCACUGUUACAGUAG